ACUCUAGAGACUCCACCAACGUCACCUGCUUGCCUGACAGGUGGUGUCCCAAAUCCAAACCAUUUCCCCCUUAGCAAGUAUGCCCCUGUAGCUGGAUAGAUUUCCUGCUCUGAAAAUUUAUCAGAGAGCCCAGUCUUCCUAAGGGGGCAGUUAAGGAAAACACAUAAAUGCCCCCACCCCUUCUCUAGUCCCGUGCUCCUCAUUCUUGACGGCCCCACCUCCGUCUAGACAACCCUGACUGUGUAGAAGUUUCCAUCUCCUUUCCCCUUCCCUCUCCUUUCCCCUCCCCUUCAGUUUUCCCCCCUCCCAGGCGCUUCCUGCCUGGAAACAAAAGAUUGGUCCCCAGUAGCCCACUCAGGGCGAUUUUAGUUUUAUGCUCACCAUCUGAUUGGCCUAGGUACGGUGCAGAGCCCGGGUGACGUCAUAGCAGACAAGGGCUAGGGAGCGGUUGCCGAGCAGGAGCCCUACCGCGGGCGGGCAGCUGUGGCCGCGAGCAGCCUGGGAUCGCGCACCGCGGGGCCGCAGCUUCUCCCUGCCUGGAGCCAGUGUGCGGGGGUGGGAUUAGAGCCGGGCUGAGCGGGCUGGGCCCGGGGCUGCGGCUGCGGCCGCGGGGCUGCGGCUCCCCAGCCCCGGCUGCAGGAGCGCUCGGAGGUAGAGGAAAGGUCUUGACGGGGUGGCUGAACCGUGGCAGACUCAAAUCCAGGCCAACUGGAUGACUGAGGUGUUGGAACAGAAGGAGGCCCAUUCCUGUUGGUGAAAACACUGUGGCCCAGUUCUGGGAUGAGCAUGGUAUAAAGGUUUCCCCCAAGAAAGAGCAGCUGAGUCCUUGCAUCUUGUGGCAGCUGGUGUGCCCAGCACAGAGUCCAUCAGAGCUGAAGCCAGCCCGGCCCUUGCUCAUGGCCAACACCCACCUGUGCUGAGGUCCUGCAGCUGUGGCGGUGUGAGGAGCUGUGAAAUCGGUUGUAACAGAAAAUGUCUGACGGUUUGGAUAAUGAAGAGAAACCCCCAGCUCCCCCACUGAGGAUGAAUAGCAACAACCGGGAUUCUUCAGCACUCAACCACAGCUCCAAGCCGCUUCCCAUGGCCCCUGAAGAGAAGAAUAAGAAAGCCAGGCUUCGCUCUAUCUUCCCAGGAGGAGGGGAUAAAACCAAUAAGAAGAAGGAGAAAGAGCGCCCAGAGAUCUCUCUUCCUUCAGACUUUGAGCAUACGAUUCAUGUGGGGUUUGAUGCAGUCACCGGGGAAUUCACUAACUCCCCUUUCCAGACCUCUAGACCUGUGACGGUCGCUUCAAGUCAAUCAGAGGGAAAAAUGCCAGAUCUCUAUGGCUCACAGAUGUGCCCAGGGAAGCUCCCAGAGGGAAUUCCUGAGCAAUGGGCACGAUUACUCCAAACUUCCAACAUAACAAAACUGGAACAGAAGAAGAACCCACAAGCUGUUCUAGAUGUUCUCAAGUUCUAUGAUUCCAAAGAAACAGUCAAUAACCAGAAAUACAUGAGCUUUACAUCAGGAGAUAAAAGUGCCCAUGGAUACAUAGCAGCCCAUCCUUCGAGUACAAAAACAGCUUCAGAGCCUCCUUUGGCUCCUCCUGUGUCUGAAGAAGAAGAUGAAGAGGAGGAAGAAGAAGAAGACGACAAUGAGCCUCCACCCGUUAUUGCACCAAGACCAGAGCAUACAAAAUCAAUCUAUACUCGUUCUGUGGUUGAAUCCAUUGCUUCACCGGCAGCACCAAACAAAGAGGUCACACCACCUUCCGCUGAGAAUGCCAAUUCCAGCACUUUGUACAGGAACACAGAUCGGCAAAGGAAAAAAUCCAAGAUGACUGAUGAGGAGAUCCUAGAGAAGCUAAGAAGCAUUGUGAGUGUUGGAGAUCCAAAGAAAAAAUACACAAGAUUUGAAAAAAUUGGUCAAGGGGCAUCAGGGACUGUUUACACAGCACUGGACAUUGCAACAGGGCAAGAAGUGGCCAUAAAGCAGAUGAAUCUACAACAGCAACCCAAAAAGGAAUUAAUUAUUAAUGAAAUUCUGGUCAUGAGGGAAAAUAAGAACCCCAAUAUUGUUAAUUAUUUAGAUAGCUACUUAGUAGGUGAUGAACUAUGGGUAGUGAUGGAAUACCUGGCUGGUGGCUCUUUGACUGAUGUGGUCACAGAGACCUGUAUGGAUGAAGGACAGAUAGCAGCUGUCUGCAGAGAGUGCCUCCAAGCUUUGGAUUUCUUACACUCAAACCAAGUGAUCCAUAGAGACAUAAAGAGUGACAAUAUCCUCCUCGGGAUGGAUGGCUCUGUUAAACUGACUGAUUUUGGGUUCUGUGCCCAGAUCACUCCUGAGCAAAGUAAACGGAGCACUAUGGUGGGAACCCCCUAUUGGAUGGCACCUGAGGUGGUAACUCGAAAAGCAUAUGGUCCGAAAGUUGAUAUCUGGUCUCUGGGAAUUAUGGCAAUUGAAAUGGUGGAAGGUGAACCCCCUUACCUUAAUGAAAAUCCACUCAGGGCAUUAUAUCUGAUAGCCACUAAUGGAACCCCGGAGCUCCAGAAUCCUGAGAGACUGUCAGCUGUAUUCCGUGACUUUUUAAAUCGCUGUCUUGAGAUGGAUGUGGAUAGGCGAGGAUCUGCCAAGGAGCUUUUGCAGCAUCCAUUUUUAAAAUUAGCCAAGCCUCUCUCCAGCCUGACUCCUCUGAUUAUCGCUGCAAAGGAAGCGAUUAAGAACAGCAGCCGCUAGGACUGCAAGCCUUACCCCUCACCAUCUCCCUCAUGAGUUAAGACUGAAAUCAAACUCUACUCCUGGAAAGAUGGAAAAAGAGACAGUCAAAUGGGGUGGGGGCUCUUUAACUUUCAAAUGAAUAGAAACUUCUUAUAAGCCUUUUUCCUACUCCCUCAGAUUAUGUAAUUUAUUUGUAAGCCUGAAUCGCAGCCCGAACAGGGCAGCAAUGUCGAAGUGGCCAUCAAGUGGUCACUUCCACCGUGAAGCGAAAGAGCCAGUAGUGAAUCCCCUCAUUUUGUGCAUUAACUUUGAAGAAAAAGGUUUCUCAAAGAUGCACACUCCCUCUUCAUAGUGUUGUGUUUGUUUUUAAGUUAGAGAAUAGUCCCUCUUGCAUUCGAACCUCUUUCAAAACUCCUUACCCAAUGUGAUGUUUUUCACUUGCAUUGUCAUUAGAUGUCCAGAAAAAAAAAGAUGUCAAAUGUUUUUUUAAAAAAAGAAAGCAAAAAACAAAAACAAAAACAAAUGAAAAACAAGCAAACAAACAAACAAAAAAAACAGAACAAGUACUGGGUGAACAUGUGGAAGUCCAUGCCCUAAUAGAGUUGCAAUUUUUUAUUCUUCUUCUGUAGUGGUGGAUUGGUUUGUGUACCUAAUUUUCUGCAUUUGUAUUGGAAAAGGUUUCUUUUAAGACAUUUUCCAAAAGCAGAGAGAAAUAUGUAUAUUCAGGAAGAGCUUUUAAAAGCUGUAUAUCUAAAUAAAGCUCAAAUGGUGAAAUUCUGUCACAUUUUCACAACGAUACUUAACAGGGUAUUGGAUGUCUCACAUAAACCAGCUUUUAACCUUCAUGAGCCCUGAAAAAGGACACACUGAAACUUUGGCAUCCCUGUUGGGUGAGUCCAGGUCCUGAACCUAGGAAAUCCUGAUAGGAAAAAGCCAUAUUUCAACAAAGAUGGGACUUUCUCUGAGUGCCACAAGGAAAACAAGACAUAUGUAUAAUAUUGAAAUCCUUGUUGGUUAUUAAGUAAACAAAGCUAAUGAUACCUAAUUUAAUCCUCUUUUGUGCUUGUGGGACAUAUGCAUUGUAAAAUAGGCACAUCGGGGGGAAAUGGACCCAUUCGCCAACAUUUCCUUAAAAAUUAUUUAUCUUGACCAUUUAUAACAUCUUAGCAAUUAAAAAGUAAGAUCUGGACAACAGAGACAUAGUAAGCAUUCAACUCAGAAAUAGGAGUCAGUUAAAACUACAUCCAAAUCCACAUUUAGCUCAAAUUACUUGUUACCAUGUUCCCUCUGUAUCAUCCACUUCUGUUUCAGGGUGUGGUAUGCUUGUACUUAGUUCCUUGGGCUUUUGAAUUCUGAAAAAAUGUUCAUAAAGAUCUUAAAAUUCUUCACUGACAAAGAUUUUGGUUUGUAAUCAUAUAUUCUAGGAAAUGUCAGUCCAUCUGAAUUCCCUUUGCAGCUUGGGGAAAAUACCAAAAUUUGACUCUUUCACCAUUUAUUAAAUUCACUAUUCAUAGAUUUGAUGGUACUUCCUGAAUCUUGUAAGAGUAGAAGAUUAUCUGGAGGGUAUCUGUGUAGAAAAGGCUAUGCUUCUUUUUUGAGUGUAUUGUCAAUUUUAUAAUUCUGGAAAGUUAUUUCUCUAAGCCUUUGAAAACCUAACAAUUUAACAAUUUGUGCUGUAGAAGGCGUUGUGAUUUGUAGCAUAUAAGGAAUCUGAAUAGAAUCUGUCUAUAUUCAGCAGCAGGAGGAAAGAGAUCAAUGACAAUAGGCCUCUCUCUUUCUCUGCCGAGGUAUAUCUAUCCAUCUCACCAUCCAUCUAGCCAUUCCUUAAAAUGAAAACACUUUCUUUAGAGUUUCUGCUAACCACAUAAGACACUUGUUUAUGUUUAGGAGACAGCACCACUGAUGGAUUUCUUAAUUUUAUAUUGUUUUCUUUGACUAUAAAAGUUUGGAGGGGCUUGACCAUACCACCUCCAAAAAUGUCCACAGUGGGAUAAAAUAACAAAUGUGAAGAGAAAAUCAAAUGGUAACAUUAAUUUGAAGCAUACUGUCUUAUACUUUGGAAAAAAAGUGUCUGGGCCUGAUAUUGUUAAUGCCACUCUACCUAAUGAGAGAGAGAGAGAGAGAGAGAGAGAGAGAAAGAGAAACCUUAAUUUUUCUUUCAUUUAAAUUGAGUACCUUUUAAAAUCAUUUCUCACUCAUAGUGCCAGGGAAUUCAAUGAAAUACCUGGGGUGCAAAUAGAUCUGAGUACACUGAUGACUAUGCCUUGCCAGUGGAGUGGGCCCAAAACCUGGUUGGGAAGCCCUAGUCAUCAAUUUGCAUCCCUUAGUGUCAUGGAGGCCUUUUUGUUGUUAUUUUGGAGACCCUGGAGCGGUGAUCCUUCAGAUCACUGUAGGCAGAGAAAUGGCUGAUCUUUAUGUUUCAGUUCAGCAUAUUAACAAUGAGGAACCAGGUACUUCUUUACCACCACUUUGUACCAAAAUUUGCUUGUGAUAUAUCCCAAUAGGCAUUACUUUUGCAAAUUUAUAUCUAUAUGAAUUUUUAAAUGAGAACAGCUUCUAAAGUCCCUUCCCUACAUUGGAGAGUUAUGUAUAUUUCUAGUAAGUAUUAGAGGGAAGCUGUUUCUCGUGCCAAAAUGAUGCUGAAGGAUUCAUGUUUGGUACAUUUGAACUCCAGAUGGUUGAUAGUUUAUUCCCUUUCCCUGGAUUUUUGUAAAACUCAUCUUAACACGGGUGAGUCUAUCCAAAUCUUUAAUGUUGCUAGUGUGCUCUGAGAUAAUGAGGGCACAUCAUCGAAUGUUGAUUCCGAAAUGUCCUGAGGUAGGUAAAGGGCAGUGGGAAAGUCAGGGAAGGGUGAGAAGCACAGUAGAGAUUAUUUAUUUAAGAAAGAAAAGAACAUUAAUGUUGUAGCAAGGAUCCGGUGCGUUGUCAUAAUCCCAUGAGGAUUUUUGGAUGGCAUUGUCCCCUCAAAUCAGUCAACAUGCUGGGUAAUGACUUCGUUCUUGCUGAUCUUGUCUAUGUGUCAUUGUAAAUAUUUGUACGUCCAUGUUCCAUUUUUGGCUACUGGAUGGCCAAGUCAUGUAAGAAGAUUUAACUCAAGUAUUUAUUCCUUGUCUUAUUCAGAUUUCUGUUAGGCUUGUGAAUUGCACCCCAAUGUUUGAGUUUAACCACCCAAUCCUCACAUCUAUCCCUCCCCUGUGAAGCACAUUCCAUUGCUAAAAGAAAAAAAAUAUGAAAUUGCUUCCUGUUGUCUGUAUAACUGUUUUGAUAGUUUGAGAUGUUUGUCUAUAAAGGCUAUUUCUCAGCUCAAAGAUCAUGUAAAUAAUUAUAUUCCUUUGCUCAAUGGGUUGUUUAUUUCUAAUGAGGCUGCCAGUUCUCAGAGAUUCUAUAAAAUCAUUUUUAAAUAACAUAAAUAGGGAUUACAACCAUUUAAAAAUAAUCAUGCUUAUGGACAAAGACUGGGAACACAGAUUUUUGAAAUCAGUUAUGUUGGAGUGGUGGGAUUAUGUGAAAUUUUUUCUUUAAACAUUUUUCUUUGAUGUUGAUACAAUAUUUCUUUAGAAUAAACAAACAUCAGAAAGGGAACUGUAGAAAAUUAGAAGAGAUUCCAGAAGCAGUUGCAUUCUGACCAGAGCCCAGAGCAUGCAGGGCACAGGUAUUUGCUAGUUACAAUUAUUGCAUAGGCUUUAUAUUUGCCUGGGUGCUGAGGUUGGCACACGCUCAGGUAUGGCACGUGCUUUCUUAGGAGACUAUUAUCUAUAAGUUAAAGUUAGGGAGAUGUCCCUACUAGAACUCCAAACAUAUUCUUCUGCCUUAAAACAGGCUGUCCUCUGCUGUGGUAUGGCAUCCAGGUGUCUGUUUUGAUUGCUUUAGAUUUGAGGGGUGACCAUUUGAUUAUCCCCCUUGAUAAUGUCUGUUUUAGCUAUCACCUCUCUGGAUCAUUGUAGCUAAUUUUUAGGUUGAAUUUUGGAAGAAUAGAAAGAUGAAAUCCCCAGCUCCCACCUUUUCUUUGUCUAACAGGAUAUUAUUUCCUUUAGGUAGGAUUCUUCUUCAAAUGAUCAACAAGCAAGCCCCACUCAUUUCAAUAAAAGUUAUAGUGUAAUUCAAAGCUGACCCUGAAGUCACUAAUACAGAUAUUUAGGACUGUUUCUGUCAAUUGCCAUUCAGUUACAGUCCUGUCAGUUUUAACUUAAAAUGGUUUCCAUGGGCCUUUGUACUGCUUACUUAUAAGUUGUAUGCAGUAAUUAUGAUUUUUAAGGAGAAAGGGAGUCCAUUUACCAAACAGAGGAAUUUCCUUCUAACUCACCAAGGAAAAUUUAGGUGAGGACUUUAAAAAUGAGGUAGUGGCUUCAAAUAUGUUACUUAGUUUCACAUAAGCAGACCCUGUACCUAGAGAAUUCACAGGCGUUUCAUUGGCCAUUCUUGAUGUAAAAAUACAUAUGGAAGUCUUCUGCCAUCCCUGGUUUAAUUUCCUGAUCUUUUUUCUGAGCUACUUGCAGUUAGUAUUCAGUUAAACCAAGGCAUGAGCAGUGAUGCAAGCACUUCACAAUCUCUGAGUAGGAGGACUGAAAUCCAGUGUUUGUAAACUGGCAGUCUAAUGGGCCUGGGAUUUGGAGGGAAAUUAACACACAGUUCUGAACAUAUAUUUGCAUGUGGAUUGGGAAGGAAAUAAAUGGGACCUUGGAAAUAAUGGAAAUGUUUUUCCUGUGAAGGAAUUUUUCAUAUAAGGUUUGUUUCUGAUAUAAUCUUUUUUUUUGUUUUACUUUUUCACUCCUUUUCUGAUCCACAUUCUUUUAGUGACCAAAUGAACUCAACUUCUCAUGCAUUGAGAAUGUCUGUUUAAUAUUAAACAGUGUCUAACAGGAUCUGCAAAUGCGGGAACUGAGGUACCACCUCCAAGUGUACAACUCUGUGUACAAGUAUAUACAACUCGUAGCAUUUACUGACAUUUAAUUUGGGUGAACUUACAAGAUAAACUUAUAGAAGUGGGUUUGGUGUCAUCAGUCUCCUUUGGAAGCUGCCAUUGGGUGAAUGUUAUUCCUUAAUAUCAGCAGUAAGGCAAGCACCAUGUUCACUUGAUUUAUUUAGUCCCUAAAAGGAAAUCAAGAGCAAUUACAGAGAAUAAAUCAGAUGUAGUGGAAGGAAUUCUACCCUAGGAAGGAGACCUAGCUUUUAAUAUGGGCUUUAUCAUUAACUUGCUUUGUGACCUUGGGCAAUUCUCUUAACCUUUCCAUGGCUGUUUCUUCAUCCAUAAAGUAAUGAUAUUGAACUAGAUGAUCUGCAAUGCAUUUCAAGAUCUCUAGCACUCUGUGGUGUUAUAGGCUGCCUUGCAAAUGCAGCCUGCUAAAGGGAUGGCAAAAAUCACAUGCUUAAGCCUGGGUCUCUUCCAUUGCAGUUAAACAAGAAAACUACAUAAUAUGAUGAAAAACUCAAGUAAAUGAGGCUAAUAAUACCAGGAGAUGUUGACAAAAUUUGUGGCAGCCUUCCAAUUCACUCACAAUUGUUUUGUUUUGUUUUUGUUUUAAUGUCCAUUUUUUUCUGUUAAGUGUUCCCAGUUUUCAUUUUCCAUACACUAUGCAUGUAAAGUCUGGUUUUCAUUAAGCUGUGUCCAGUAUUUGCUACUAAAACAGAAAUAUACUGUCACCUUUGCUAGAACAGAACUGUACUUGGGCCUCUCCUUUCCUAUGAAUCAGUGCUGGACUCUAUCAAGUUUAAUUCAUAAAUGGCACAAACUGGCAGAACCCAUGCUUUUUAAUGGCUGGGACUAUAAAGAGUGGACCUAAACAUAGGCAAGUUGGAGAGAAAUAUGAAAAAUUACAUGCUAUUAGCAUUAAGGUGUGUUGAUAAACUCACUUGUUGGGAACCAAAGAUAGCAUUUCUAAUGACAACUCCCUCAGUCAUUGGCCAGUUGAAGGAGUGUACUAGUAGGAAGAAGGUAAACUGGAAGUUAGUGGAUAGUCCCAGUGCUCUGCCUACAACAGAGUGCCAAUCAGCCCUGAGUACAAAAUUCAAGUUCAAUAUGUGUGCUUGUGUGUGGCGUGCUUUAUGGACCCGCAUAUACUAUGUUCAUUAGCGAUGAUAAGAUCUUUCACAGAAUCCUAUAACCAAUAGUGGGUUGAGUUUUAAAUCUCAGUACACUAGCCAGAAGGAGCCAGAUCAUAAGGGCACUGAUGUCUACUGGGAUUAUACUCAUAACAUCCAGACAAAACAAGUUGAGGAGGAUCUACAUUUUCAUUGUUUAUCAAAAUUGUAUCUCAUUUGGCUGUGCAUUACUUUUGUCAAAAUGUGUUAUCUGUAAACCCAUGUGUAGUGAAAUUCUUCUGUAACUUUGGAUUAAGGGUAUUUAUGGUCUUUUUUUUAUUUUUAAGUAAGUAAGUUAUUUCUUUUGUAGACCUGCUGAUGGUAUGGUUCCAUCCUUCUGACCUCAGCAUUUGACCUUUUUAAAGAUUUUUGUUUCCAAUAUUGUUACUUUAAAUUGUGGUUGAAGCAAUAGAAAAUUGAAAUAUGGAUUGUGCAUGACUGUGUCUUGAGUGUAAAAAAUAUUGCAGUUUGAAACUUGGACCUAAAGUAUUGCAAAUAAAAAUGACAAACAUCA